AUGCCUCCACCUCCACCACGGACAGAUUCAUCCACCAGUUUGAGGAGCAUGAGACCGCAGCGACCGCCGUUGCCCAGAAUUGACCCUUCUCUCGGCUUUCGACCUCCAGUGUUCCAUGGCGAGCUCACGCCUGCAAGCAGCGGGCACAGUUCACUGAUAUCUCCCAUCAGUGCGACUUCUGGACCUAGGUCACCAGGGCCUGCCAUUCGCAAAGGGUCGAUACCAGGACCCCGACGUCCGCCAUCGCCAGAAUUGACGAAUCUCGACUGUGCAUUUCCCCCAUUCCCGUUGCCCUCGAGAGCUGCCACAACAACACGAAGACGAGAGAGAUCCGCAACCCAACGCAGUGAUACGAAACGGUCUAAAUCUCGUGAUGUUCACAAGGGAUUACCACCGGGAAGCAGACCAUACCCACUUUCAAGAGGAGGAUCAGACAACUCUGUGACGACUCUGAGCGAUGAAUCACCAAGGCAGAAGCAGCAUCGCCCACCAAGCCCCAGGGAUUCCGGGAGCCCCCCUCAGAGCACUGAAAGGGACAACCGCCAGCAAACAGGUGAAAAGUUGCCAGAAGGUCAAGUGAAUCCAAUAGAGAUGACCUUAGCAAUGCAGAGCGACGGGGCCAAGGAGGUUCUUCACGAAAGAAGCUUAUCACCUGAAAUUUCCAGCUCUACCACUCAGCGAGAGCCUGCCCGUGAUGCAAAACUAGAUCCAAGUCUCGGCGCAUUUGACUUCGGUGAUCCGGAAACCAACAAAUUCAAGUCGCAGCCUACCGAUGAUGCUCCUAGACUAAUUGACGAACGGUCUAGAGCCGGGACUGAGCCGGCCUACAGAACGAAGAGACCUCCCCCGCUGUUCAACAAUCAGGAUAUCGCGCCUUUGGUUAAGUCACCUACGGAGCCUCAACCAUCUCCAGCUGGUAGCUUUUCAAGAGGAUUAGGCCGAUUGUUUGGUCGACGACGAUCUCAAUCAGCCACAUUGCGCCGGGAAGUUGUGCGGCAAGCUCUCAGUGACGAGCCAGAUGUCCACGAGAACCACUUUGCUGGCCGAAGUAUCCUCAGUCCAACUAACGAUCGGUCAUUCUUCGCAACAGAACCGUCACAGAUUGGCUUGGCACCGCUGAGAUCGCCUGGUCCUUCACCGAUUCAUGAAGAAUCACUCAAGGCGCUCGAGGGGCUAACACCCGAGCCCGUUCCUGUCGCUCCUCCGAUGGUGGUGGUGGAACCUGCAAAUGAAGAGCCUUCGGUAAAGCUUACACCGUCGCUUGAGGCUGAAAAUGUCAAAACACCAGGGUCAUCGGACAUCGCUGUGGUGCCACCCAAUCCCCAGGGAGCAGAGCUUAUUGAAGCUCUCCGACGGGUGUCCGUUGAUUCAGCUUCGUCUUAUGGUUCGGCGGCGUUCUCUGAGCACACUGCCAGUUCCAGAUCAAGUUCACCUCAGGCCGAACCCGUAGCAACCAAAUCAUCCGAAUUACUGACUUCUGCUCUACUCAGCCCUAGUGAGAUGGAUGUGCCAGCACCACUAAGACCAAAGAUCCCAGAAAUAUCGCCUGAUUCACCAACAGAUCCAUUCCUUCAACAAGGCCGUUUGUCCCCGAUUCCAGAACCCCCCAACCGGGCAUCUGACUCGACCGACUCAUUAUUCUCGAUCUCUGUGGGUCUACGGACAAGCCCGAAGUCAACUCAUGGGCCUCAAACAUCAUUAAGCAGCAGUACCAAGCCUCCUGUUCCCAACAAGGGAGUCUGUCGCGGCUGUUCUCAGCUAAUUCUUACGGGACAAAAGUCAGUAUCGAGCGCUGACGGUCGCUUGACGGGUCGGUACCACAAGGAGUGCUUUGUGUGCCAGGCCUGCAAGAUUGCGUUUCCCACAGCCGAAUUCUACGUCCACAACGAUCACCCGUAUUGCGCUUACCACUAUCACGAGCUAGAGAAUUCUCUUUGUGCUACGUGUGGCAAAGGGAUCGAAGGACUGUACAUGGAAACAGCAAACGUGGCGGGGCGCGGGAAAGAGAAGCACCAUCCGGAAUGCUUAAAGUGCACAACUUGCAGAGUCCGACUGGAUCACGACUACUUUGAACUCUCUGGAAAAGUAUAUUGCGAACGAGAUGCGUUUCGCCUUGCGACUUUACCAAAAUCCCAUGAGAACGCUCCCAGCCGACCAAGUCCAUUGAUUCGAGAAUAUAUAUCCAGUGGAGACCCCGGACUCGUGAAGGGCAGGAAUUUCCCCGAGCGAAGAACGACCAGACUAAUGACAACGACCUAA